AUGCCUUCCUUCACACUCUUCUCAAAGCUCCCAAAGGAGCUCCGCGAGCAAAUCUGGCUGAAAAGCCUCCCCACCACCACCACCGUCGAAUUCAAUGAAGCAGAAUUCGACGUAACAGCCAUCUCUCCUCCCCUCCCUCACCUCCUCACAUCAAAGGAAGCGCAGGCCACAGCGCUCUCCUCUCUCUCCCCCUCUCCCUUCCCCAUCUGGGGCCCAGAAGACUGGGAAACGCUGCUCCUGGACGGCGAGAAGAUGACACUCCAAGUCAUCAUUCACCCAUCAAAAUCCGCCUCAUUAACCAUCACAUGGACAGAUGUGUGGAGCGUGCUGGGAGAUGCGCUGCUGGCGGCGCAGUCGCUUCAUUUUGUGUGUCGGGAGCCAGAGCGGCUGGCGAGGCUGUUUAUGCUGGAGGAGAAGGAGUGGCUUGGCGUGGGCCAGGCGUGUAAUGAAGCGGGGUUGUUUAUGAAUGGGGAGAGUGUCGCCGGGGAGAGGACGACGAGGGAGGCGUUGUGGAAGGGGGUGACAGUCACUGCUAGCAAGCAUACUGUGGAGGAGAUUGAGCGGGGAGAGGGAAGAGGGGAGGUGGAGGUUUGGAAGUUGGGGGAGCAGAGGUUUUCGAGGGGGUUUGGGGAGAAGAGAGAGGUGGUGACGACGAGGGGGUUUGAGAGGGUGGACGUGGAGUGGGAUGAAGGGGCUUCGGUGGCGCAGAUUCACCGUGCUGCGAAGGCUUUUGAGCCACGGGGUGGAAUGGCCUUGGAGGAGGAGGAGGAGGAGGAGGGGGCGAUGCAGAGGUCAGUAGAACUGACUGAGGACGCAAUCACGAGGCACGUGGAGGAGUGCGAGAGGAUUUGGCCUCCGGAGCCAAGGGCCCCUGGUAUGGAGGAGGGAAGCAUUUCAUAUCCCGACAAUGCUGCGGUGGAGAAGUGGCUUGGAUAG